AUGCCUACGCUAUCAAACGAAAACGAAACAUUGCCAUUCUCUGCAAUACCUGGCCCAAAAGGAACGAUUUCAAAUAUCCUGGGUUAUACGUUUGGUAAGGGAACGCAUUACGAAAAAGUAACGAAACGUUUCAAAAAGUUCGGCCCAAUAUAUCGAGAGAAAAUACUGGACAUGGACAUUGUGAACUUUUACGAUGUAGAUUCCUUGGCUACGGUUUUAAAGAUCGAAGCAAAUUUCCCAAUGAGAGCUGGCUUAGAGGCAAUUACGGCGGUAUUUGGCAGAAAUGUGACUGGGAUCCUAUCUUGUGAUUAUGACGAGUGGUAUGCGGAUCGAUCAUUGCUAUCGCCGAUGUUUUUGCGACCCAAAGAGAUCAAUGAAAGAAUAUCCAUGAUCAAUGCUGUGGCCAACGACUUCGUUGAGCGAUUACACCAUCUUAGAGAUCAAAAUGGAACAAUACACAACAUUGAAAGGGAACUUUCUUAUUGGGGCGUGGAGUCAAACUCUUCAUUCCUGUUUAAUCGACGCCUUGGCUUCUAUGAGAAAACACCAGAUGCAGAUGUUCUCGUGUUUUUUGAGGCAGCCUACAAAAUGCACGAUAACGUUGGAGUUCUCAUUGAUAUGGGUCCAUUUCACAAGUAUAUACCGACACCAGCAUAUUAUGCAGCAAAGAGGAAUGUGAAUACAAUGCAUGAGUCCUACAUCAAAUUGUCCAAAAAAAGAGAGUCGAAGAGUGGGGAAGACCCGAUUGAAAAAACGACGUCGGUCGCUGAUCAUGUAUUUGCGAAACGGAAAUUGACAGAAGAAAGUCUCACUAUGCUUUGUGGUUUAAUGGCGGCUGGAGUUGAUACCAUCAGUACGACAUCGUUGUGGCUCCUAUACUUACUCUCUCGAAAUCCAGACAAACAAGAGAAACUUUAUCAAGAACUAAAACCCUUUGAUUCGCACGAAGAUAUAUCCGUUAAUAAGACCGUCUCGUACCUCAAAGCAGCCUUGAAAGAGUCGCUACGCCUGCACCCAGUCGCUUCCAUUUUCAGCCGCGUAUUCACCCAAGAUAUCGAGCUUCAUGGUUAUCACAUACCAGCAGGAGUAAAUAUCCUGUUUCAAAAUCAUUUAGGGUCGAUUGAUGAGCGCUAUUUUGGCGAAGAUGCAAAGCAGUUUGUGCCAGAAAGAUGGCUUCGUGAUCUUGAUACUGGAAAUGUGAAGAGUUUUGAUCCGCUCGGUUCAUUGCCAUUCGGUCACGGUGUGAGAAUGUGUUUAGGAAGGCGAGUAGCAGAGGCAUAUAUCUACACGUUAUUGAGCAAGAUAUUCAUAAAAUACCGAGUAGAGUUGUCUAGUAAACAGAGUGAUGUAAAUCCGAUCUUGAAUGGAGGACUUAUGAGGCCAGAUCGGGAAAUUUUAUUCAAAUUUCUAUUGAGAUAG